AUGCUCGGUCGCCUAGAAAUGGAUGUCGAUCAAUGUAUUGCAGCAUACAGCGAGUUGAUGAGUUCCGUAUUCGGCGAGAAGAUGAACAAAAUCCCCUUGGGCUGGACCGGAGAAAUUCGACCAAAGUUUGAUAGCACAAAGCUGAGAGCAGCUAUCGAGCAUGUCAUUGUUCGCGCUGGGUUCGAACCCGACGCGCUCAUGGACGACGGAAACCCUCGUCGAUGUAGAUCCUUUGUUUGUACCACCGCCAAAGACACGCUGCAAGUGACGAGAUUGCGGAGCUAUGGGGUGUCAAAUGAAGAUCCUACCCCCGCUACCAUCUGUGAAGCUGCACUCGCUACCUCUGCUGCAACAGGAUACUUUGACUCCGCUUAUAUUGGAGAUCGGGUAUUUGUGGAUGGUGCUUUCGGCGCGAAUAACCCAGUCGAGGAAGUUGAAGAGGAAGCUGCAGAUAUCUGGUGCACCAGUACUCGUGAACUCAAGCCACUGGUCAAGUGUUUCUUGUCCAUUGGGACAGGCUGCUUUGCCCGAAUGCCUAUGGAUGAUAACGUGUUGAGAUUCAUCUCCAAGACCCUGGUAGGGUUAGCCAUCAAGCCAGAGAGCACCGAGCGACGAUUCAUGGCCCGAUGGAGUAGCGAAUGCAGGGAAAAGCGUAUAUUUCGCUUCAAUGUGGAACAAGGUCUACAGGAUGUCCAUCUGGCGGACUACGGAAAGCGAAGCUUGAUAGAGUCCGCGACGCACGACUAUCUGCAUCAUUCGAACCAGAAGGCUCGCGUGCAAGAUUGUGUGCUGAAUCUGGCAGGGAAAACAGACCUUCCGUUUCAAAAGCCUUGUUGGGCCGUGCCUCUGGAGCGAAAUGCCAAAUUUGUCAACCGAGACUACAUCCCGAAGAUCAAAAGAAUGCUUUUUUCGGGUGAUUCCGCGGAGAGAAUCGCGAUUGUGGGAUUGGGAGGCGUAGGCAAAACUCAAAUCGCUCUUGAAAUUGCAUAUCAAGCCAGAGAAAUAUACCCACAUUGUGCUAUCUUUUGGGUUGCGGCCGUCGACAUGUCGAGCAUAGAGCAUGCCUAUCAUGACAUUGCACACCAGCUGGGGAUCACAGGCUUUGACCCACGCAAAGAAGACGUGAGAGUCAUAGUCCAGAGAUAUCUUAGCCAGGUGUACCAUGGGCGGUGGCUUUUGAUCUUUGAUAACUUGGACGAUCUUUCUAUUUGGCAGGACGAUACGUCAGGCUCAGCUGAGAAAGGGCUGAGAGAAAUUCUUCCGCACAGUCACCGAGGUACAGUUCUGUUUACUACACGGAGCAACAAAAUUGCGAAUUUUCUGGCUCGGGAACAUGUAGUGCAUAUCACAGAAAUGGAUGAGCAAAAAGCGACGCGAAUGUUCAGCAAUGCCCUCAUCGACAAAACUAUUCUCAGCGACAAAAUUGCCACACAAACCCUCCUUGAUCGCCUCACUUUUCUUCCGUUGGCCAUUUCCCAGGCGGCUUCAUUCAUCAAUGAAAACAAUAUGGAAAUUGCAAGGUACUUGAAGUUACUAGACGGUCAAGAACAGGAUGCCAUCGAGCUUCUGAGCGAAGACUUUGAAGAUGAAGGGCGUUACAAAAGCGCUAAAAACCCUGUCGCCACUACGUGGCUUACCUCGUUCAUGCAGAUCAGGAAGCUGAACCGAUUGGCCGCAGAUUACCUCUCCUUUAUAGCUUGUAUCAGUCAUAUUGAGAUCCCUGUUUUGAUACUUCCGCAGGCCUCGAGCCUGGAAAGGGAGAAAGCAAUUGGUCUGCUGAGCUCGUAUUCCUUUAUCCGCGUCUGCCAGGAUGGCUCUUAUAUCACCAUGCACCGGUUGGUACAUCUGGCCACAAGAAACUGGGUUAUGUCGACAAAUACUCUGAGAGACUGGCAAAAGUUUGCAUUGACAGUAGUACGAGGCCAAUUUCCUGCCAUCAAGCACACUCCAAGGAAAGAACUGCAAGCAUGGCUGCCCCAUGCACGCCGAAUUAUCUCGCUGACGUCCCAAGGGCCCGAAUCGAGGGAGAAGGCUGAUCUGCUUCAUUAUGUUGCCAUGUGUUAUCGCUUCCAAGGCAAAUACGAAGCAGCCAAGGGUUAUUCUUUACAAGCCCUAGAGUUGUUGGAGAAAAUGUGUGACGAAGACGACCUAGCGAUUUUCGAAUUUCGAUAUGAUUUAGCGAGUAUAUAUCAGGGCCUAGGGGAUUUUGAGAAAAGCACCUGUCUAACUAAACAGCUCCUGGACACUCAAAAAAGAGUCAACGGCCCGAACGAUCCCUUAUUCAUGGAUCUCCAGAUAAAGCUGGCGUCUCUGCAUCGACACAAAUCAGAGCUCAAAGAAGCAGAGGAGCUCUGCAAGCCAGCAGUCAGAUUCUUUGUCCUGAACUCUGGGCUAGAAGAUGAACGACUUACAAACGCAAUUGGCGAAUUGACUAUGAUCUAUCUUUCUCAAGGUCGCCUGCAUGACACGCUUCAGCUUGCUGAGUUUCAUCUGGAUCACUGCAGAAGAACUCGCGGGGAAGACGAUGAAUGGUCGUUACAUGCAAUGGUUGCCCUAGGAGACCUAUACUUUGAUCUGUGGAAGCUAAACAAAGCUGAAGCUGUAUACGUUGAGGCACUAGAGCGUGGCAAGAGGAUCGUCGGACCAGAUCAUCCGUUCGUGUUGCGAAGCAUGGACUCAUUGGCCCUUCUUUUUAAAAGCCAGGGCCGGCACUCAGAGGCCGAAUCUCUCAUGGCCGAAUGUGUUCAUUUGAGAAAGAAGGUCAUGCCGCAUCAUCAGGAUACGCUCGAGGCCUGUCAAACGCUGGAGGAGUGGAGAAAUCCAAAGUGA